AUGAGUAACUCCCGGAAUAACCGGGUGAUGGUGGAAGGGGUCGGGGCCCGGGUAGUGCGCGGCCCAGACUGGAAGUGGGGGAAGCAGGACGGCGGCGAGGGCCAUGUGGGCACGGUCCGGAGCUUCGAGAGCCCCGAGGAGGUGGUGGUGGUGUGGGACAACGGCACCGCCGCCAACUACCGCUGCUCCGGGGCCUACGACCUGCGCAUCCUGGACAGCGCGCCCACGGGCAUCAAGCAUGAUGGAACCAUGUGUGAUACCUGCCGCCAGCAACCGAUCAUUGGCAUUCGAUGGAAAUGUGCAGAGUGUACAAAUUAUGAUUUGUGUACAGUUUGUUAUCAUGGAGAUAAACAUCAUUUAAGGCAUCGCUUUUAUAGAAUUACUACACCAGGAAGUGAGCGGGUUCUGUUGGAGUCUCGUAGAAAAUCUAAGAAGAUUACAGCCAGAGGGAUCUUUGCAGGUGCCAGAGUGGUACGAGGAGUGGACUGGCAGUGGGAAGAUCAGGAUGGAGGAAAUGGCCGUAGAGGAAAGGUAACAGAAAUCCAGGACUGGAGUGCAUCGAGCCCACACAGUGCAGCGUAUGUUCUCUGGGAUAAUGGUGCUAAGAACCUGUACAGAGUUGGCUUUGAAGGCAUGUCUGAUCUGAAGUGUGUCCAGGAUGCCAAAGGAGGUUCUUUCUACAGAGAUCACUGCCCUGUGCUAGGUGAGCAGAAUGGCAACAGGAAUCCUGGUGGAUUGCAAAUUGGUGACCUGGUAAAUAUAGAUCUUGACCUAGAAAUUGUACAGUCUUUGCAGCAUGGUCAUGGAGGAUGGACUGAUGGCAUGUUUGAGACUUUAACUACAACUGGAAAUGUUUGUGGCAUUGAUGAAGACCAUGACAUUGUAGUACAAUAUCCAAGUGGCAAUAGGUGGACCUUCAAUCCUGCUGUUCUCACUAAAGCAAACAUUGUACGAAGUGGGGAUGCUGCUCAGGGUGCAGAAGGAGGCACCUCACAGUUUCAAGUGGGUGAUCUUGUGCAAGUUUGUUAUGAUCUGGAAAGAAUUAAACUUCUACAAAGAGGACAUGGAGAAUGGGCUGAAGCUAUGCUCCCAACUUUAGGUAAAGUUGGCCGAGUACAACAGAUUUAUUCAGACAGUGAUUUAAAGGUGGAAGUUUGUGGAACAUCUUGGACGUAUAAUCCAGCAGCAGUUUCCAAGGUGGCAUCUGCAGGAUCAGCCAUUAGCAAUGCAUCUGGUGAAAGACUCUCCCAACUCUUGAAGAAAUUAUUUGAAACCCAAGAAUCUGGUGACCUCAAUGAAGAAUUAGUUAAGGCUGCUGCCAAUGGAGAUGUUGCUAAAGUGGAAGAUUUGCUAAAAAGACCAGAUGUGGAUGUAAAUGGACAGUGUGCUGGCCACACAGCUAUGCAAGCUGCUAGUCAGAAUGGGCAUGUUGACAUUUUGAAGUUACUUUUGAAGCAAAAUGUGGAUGUAGAAGCAGAGGAUAAAGAUGGAGAUAGAGCUGUUCAUCACGCAGCUUUUGGAGACGAAGGUGCUGUUAUAGAAGUACUACACCGAGGCAGCGCUGAUUUGAAUGCUCGCAACAAGCGCCGACAGACACCACUUCAUAUUGCUGUCAAUAAAGGUCAUCUUCAAGUUGUGAAGACGUUAUUGGACUUUGGCUGUCAUCCCAGUCUUCAGGAUUCUGAAGGUGAUACCCCUCUUCAUGAUGCAAUAAGUAAGAAACGUGAUGACAUCCUGGCAGUUCUUCUGGAAGCUGGAGCAGAUGUUACCAUUACAAACAAUAAUGGAUUUAAUGCUCUACACCAUGCUGCACUAAGAGGAAAUCCCAGUGCAAUGCGUGUUUUACUAUCUAAAUUACCAAGACCAUGGAUUGUGGAUGAGAAGAAAGAUGAUGGUUAUACUGCCUUGCAUCUGGCUGCCCUUAAUAAUCAUGUUGAAGUGGCUGAACUGUUGGUACAUCAGGGUAAUGCAAACCUGGAUAUCCAGAAUGUGAACCAGCAGACUGCCCUACACCUUGCUGUGGAACGACAACACACCCAGAUCGUGAGGCUUUUGGUCCGUGCAGGUGCCAAAUUAGAUAUUCAGGAUAAGGAUGGGGAUACUCCUUUGCACGAAGCUCUGAGGCAUCACACCUUGUCUCAGCUACGUCAGCUCCAAGAUAUGCAAGAUGUGGGGAAGGUUGAUGCUGCCUGGGAGCCAUCCAAAAACACAUUAAUAAUGGGACUUGGUACCCAGGGGGCAGAGAAGAAGAGUGCAGCAUCUAUUGCGUGUUUCUUGGCUGCUAAUGGUGCUGACCUUAGCAUUCGAAAUAAGAAAGGUCAAUCGCCGCUUGAUCUCUGUCCUGAUCCAAGUCUCUGCAAAGCACUGGCAAAGUGUCAUAAAGAAAAAGUCAGUGGCCAAGUGGGUUCUCGAAGUCCUUCUAUGAUUAGUAAUGAUUCUGAAACCUUAGAAGAGUGUAUGGUGUGUUCAGAUAUGAAGAGAGAUACUCUUUUUGGCCCAUGUGGACAUAUUGCUACCUGUUCUUUAUGUUCUCCACGAGUCAAGAAAUGCCUCAUCUGUAAAGAACAAGUUCAAUCCAGGACAAAGAUUGAAGAAUGUGUGGUAUGCUCUGACAAGAAAGCAGCUGUUCUUUUUCAACCAUGCGGACACAUGUGUGCUUGUGAGAACUGUGCUAACCUGAUGAAAAAGUGUGUGCAGUGUCGGGCAGUAGUUGAACGGAGAGUGCCGUUCAUUAUGUGCUGUGGAGGGAAAAGUUCAGAAGAUGCCACUGAUGAUAUCUCAAGUGGAAAUAUUCCAGUGUUACAGAAGGACAAGGAUAAUACCAAUGUCAACGCAGAUGUGCAAAAGUUGCAGCAGCAGUUACAGGACAUUAAAGAGCAGACAAUGUGCCCUGUGUGUUUGGAUCGUCUGAAGAAUAUGAUAUUCCUCUGUGGCCAUGGAACAUGCCAGCUUUGCGGAGACCGAAUGAGUGAAUGUCCUAUUUGUCGCAAGGCUAUUGAACGAAGGAUUCUUUUGUAUUAACUAAGAAACUCAGUGUGUUUUGUUAGCUAACGUAUUUGCUCGUGAGAUCUUAGUGAGCUUUUAAGCUAGUCGGAGGUUCUAAUGAAUUAAUUUUUAAUAUCAUAGUUUCUUUACUAGAGUGUAAUUAGACUAUAAAUGUACCAGAAUUGAAAAACUCUACAAAACAGUGUUUGAAGCUGUGGGUUUUUUUUUUUUUUCUUCUUGUUUAAUGCGAGACAUCAAAUCUCUGUAAUUCAUAGGUAGUUUACUUUUGGCUUCUAAGAGGGAAAAAUCCUUUAAGGAUCUCCUGUUAUUUUUGUUUUUAUUGCAUUUUCUCUUAUAGUUGAUAAAUUUGUUAGACCUCAAAAGAUACACUUCCUUAUGAUCAGCUAUCCUUCAGUUUAUCAUGAUUUUACAGUGAGUUGACACAGGUACUCAGAAAAGUCAUGCUUCAAAUGAAAGGGGCAGCUCAAACCAUUAUGUCACAUAUAUUAAAUAAUAAAAUUAUAGUACAAGUUCUACAUCAUUAAGGAAUAUUAAAAAGAGGAUUCCCUUUUUAAGAUAACAUCAAGUUAUUUAAAUGAUUGUUUCUGAAUUCUUAGGGUAAAUGGAAGCAUAGAAUGACUUUCCAUUUACCUUAUUUUCUAGAUUUAAAAGGAAAAUUGUUUAACUUGAAUCAAAUUGCCAGUUUCAAAAUAACUGGUAGACAUGAAAAGGAAAAAUAAGCAAUCAGUGGGGAACUGAAGAGGGGGAAAGUAUCCAAGAAAAGAGUACCUAUUAACUGACCAUUAACAGUUGCCUUUCUAAUAUUAAUUUAUACACUGUUUUGUUCGGCUGGCCUUUAAGAAAAUGUCUGUGAAAGUGUACCUCAGUUUUCCCUGUGGUUACUUAUCCAGGCUUGAUCUGACCAGUAAAAUGAUAUUGCCCUAUUUGGGCCUCUGAGGUUCCAUUUAGCUUUUCUGGUGUACUGAAGAGUACCCCCGUGAUCUGAGAAGGAUAACGCAUUGUCCAAAGGCAGCCGUCCUUUCUUCUCCAUAUCUGUUAAUUCUGACAGUGUUACUGAUUCUACCUUCAUCAUAGGCCUUGCUUCCAUUCUCUCUCAAAUGGUAAGGCUUACUGUAAAGAAAAGAAUCUCUCUUUAUACCUACGGAUGACGAUAUUAUUUAAAGUGCCAGCAAUAUCUAAAACAUAGUAAAUAACCUAAUAAUAAAUGCUUACUUUAGAAAGAGUGACCAGGACAUAUACAGAAAUAUGUCUGGUUACCUGUAGAUUUUUUUUUUUUUAACUCACUCUUUGACUCUAGAGCAUCUAAUCAUUUUCUCUCCUUUGAAUGAAUAAUCUUACAAUGUCUAGGAUGAAUAUACACAUAAAUAAGUGUUUUGGGGUUCAUUGCUGCUAGAUUAUAAAAAUAUCAGCUGUUUACAAUAGUGUCUACUAUACUGUGUAUAAGCUUACUCCUAAGGAUAGUUAUCUUUUUUGUAGUUUUUUCCCCCUUUGAAUCUGGUUCUUAUUUCAGUUUUUCUGCUACAACAACUAAAUUUGAAAGUACAAAGUCUCUAGCUCUCAUAACCUCAUAUUUCUGGCUAUUUAGUGGCUGCUGCCUUUGCAAGUCCUGGUGAAAACAGUCGUGAGCUUUGCUGGCUGAUUUGUAGUCUCUAAUUCCAUGUCUGUGUUCAGCUGAGUAACGUCAUUUAGAACAGUACAAUUUUUACAACUUUUAAAUUUGAAAAUUUAUAUUGACUCUACCAGUUAUCUGAUAAAGGGCCACUGAGGCCAUUUUUUAAGCCAUAUUUUGAAGUUGUAAAAAGAUGGAAUAUCUGACGAAUGAUGUUCACAGAAAGAGACAAACAGGCUAUUUUCUUUCAGAUUUGAUAACAGCGUAAGUCAGGAUUUUCCUUUUCUUCCAUGCCAUAGGCCACCCAUCUCUUUUCCACUAGAUCACCUGGUAAGGAGGGAGCACCUGGCUGACUCCUGCAUAGUCUGGCCAACCAGAGAAUUGUAUGGUCUAGAGCUCUACUUUACUUAAAUCCUUUUUGUCUUCUGAGCUGUAGUGCUAAAACUUAUAUCCCUAAAAGGCAAUUUUACCUUCCAGACUAGUCUGUUUCCUCCAUAUUAAAAAUAUAAUAAUUUAUGAACUAUUACAAAAGUCAUAAAGCCACUAUAAUUAUAGUGCUAUGUACUUGUGGAUUUUCUGUAUUUGUACCACUUUGAAAUUUGUUUAAUGAAUAAAAAAUGUUUCUCUAUUGAU